CCCAACCCAACUUUUCAACCAUGGAAACCCCAUAAACAAAGACAGACUUUGACUUGCAGGUGGAAUACACCUUAAUUUUGAAAAUUAAUUAUUCAUUACUAUAUACUAUAUGCAAGUUUCAACUCAGCACAAGGUAAACCCAAUUCUGUUCUCUAUCAUAACUCAUCAGAAGCUCCUACCAAAUUUUCUGAUCAUUAAAGCCUAUGAUACGAUUAAAUUUUCACUGUCUCCUACCAAAAUUUCUUCCUUUGAAGCUUUGGUGUCCUGAGUUUGUUGGUCAACUUUGAAACUUGGUACAAGGUGUCCUUCCUGUUCUCCCCUCUCUUCGUUGUUGCUUGUUUUUUUUUUCUUAUUACCCAAUUUCCUUAUUGGUUCUUAUUGGCUGAAGUUAUUAAAUUUGAGUCCUUUAGAGUUUUCUGGAAUGCAUCUCUGUUUCCAAUUUUGAUACUCAUCAAACCCCUUUGAAUUUGUGGCGAGUUUUAUAGCCAAGAAGUUAAGAUUUUUGUCUACUACCUAGUUUCCUUGCUGAUUAUCGCCACUGUUUUGUUGUUUGAACUCAGAAGUGGUCCAAGUUUGGUCUUGGUCAUCCUGCACAAUUUUCUGUUGCUGAAUGAAUUGUAUACUGCUUCUAUCUACCCACAUGAACUUUCAUCCAAUACUUCUCAAAUAGUUUUUUUUGUUGGUACAUUUGCUACCUGAAGUUACAGUUUCUGAUGGGUCAUCAAUCAUCAUCACUAUUGAAACUACAAUUUUUGUAAAGCCAUGUUGUACUUAUUGUACCUGAAAUAAAAUACUCUUUGUACCAUUUUAGUAUACACUUCCAAGUUUCACAUUUGAAGUUCUUAUUUGUUCCUAUAUUGUACUUGGUAUCAUGUCAAUACUGUGUGGCUUGCCUCUUGUUGAAUGUGUGUAUUGUCUAGCUUGUGCUCGUUGGGCUUGGAAAAGAUGUCUUCAUACUGCAGGCCAUGACAGCGAAACUUGGGGCCUUGCCACAGCAGAAGAAUUUGAGCCUGUCCCUCGCCUUUGUCGUUAUAUUUUGUCCGUGUAUGAAGAUGAUAUUCGACACCCUCUUUGGGCGCCUCCUGGUGGCUAUGGAAUUAACCCUGAUUGGUUAAUACUCAAAAAGACAUAUGAAGAUACGCAAGGGCGGGCACCACCCUAUAUACUGUAUCUUGAUCAUGACCAUGCUGAUAUAGUUCUUGCCAUUAGGGGACUAAAUUUAGCAAAGGAAAGUGACUAUGCACUUCUGUUGGAUAAUAAACUGGGGAAGAGAAAAUUUGAUGGGGGGUAUGUUCACAAUGGGCUGUUGAAGGCUGCUGGAUGGAUUAUGGAUGCUGAAUGGCAAGUUUUGAAGGAAUUGGUAGAGAAGUAUCCAAAUUAUUCUCUAACUUUUGCAGGGCAUUCCCUUGGAUCAGGAGUAGCAACAAUGUUAAGCAUGGUGGUGGUGCAGAAUAAACAUAAACUUGGAAAUAUUGAAAGGAAAAGGGUCAGGUGUUAUGCUAUUGCGCCUGCUAGGUGUAUGUCACUUAAUCUGGCAGUCAGAUAUGCAGAUGUCAUCAACUCCGUUGUCCUUCAGGAUGAUUUCUUACCAAGGACUGCCACUCCGUUGGAAGAUAUUUUCAAGUCUCUUUUCUGUUUGCCCUGCUUAUUGUGCUUGAGGUGCAUGAGGGAUACAUGUAUACCAGAGGAGAAGAAGCUGAGAGAUCCUAGGAGACUCUAUGCUCCAGGUCGGCUUUAUCACAUUGUUGAGAGAAAGCCUUUCAGAUGCGGAAGGUUUCCCCCAGUUGUGAGGACAGCAGUGCCUGUAGAUGGAAGGUUUGAGCAUAUUGUCCUCUCUUGUAAUGCUACAUCAGAUCAUGCCAUUAUUUGGAUAGAGAAAGAAGCCCAAAGGGCUAUUGAUUUAAUGCGGGAGAGUGAUAGUACCAUGGAAAUACCAGCAAAGCAAAUCAUGGAGCGUCAGGAAACAAUAGCUAGACACGGUCAAGAAUACAGAGCAGCAUUACAAAGGGCUAAAACAUUAGAUGUUCCCCAUGCUUACACACCACCAUCACAGUAUGGGACUUUUGAUGAGGAGGGAGAGGAGAGUUCAAGAAGGUCAGAGGGUGAGUCUUCUCUUGGUUCAACUAAUAAGAGUACAGUUGAUGAAACCACCUGGGAUGAAUUGAUUGAGCGUCAUUUUGCUAAGGAUGAGCAUGGCCACAUUGUGCUCAAGAAAGAGUGAUCAUGUCAUUGAUGCGAACAAGAAUGUAAUUAUUGUCACGAAAGGCAAAAUUUGUUCAUUCUUUUGUGAUUUUUUGGUGUCUGCUUGAAGAUGGGUUACAUGAAAAAGUUUAAUAAUUUUCAAGAAAUUGAUGGGAAUCAGGUUCUCUUCUUAAGCCUCAUACAUGUAAGGACACACAAAUCUCAGUUAAUGUAUCAUUCAACUGAAGGGAAAAGAGAAUAUAUUUUUUUGGGGUGCAA